AGGGGCGGGGCGCAGAGCGGCUGCCGACUCGGUGGUGGCCGCCAUGAGCCGCCCCGGGCCCGUCUGCUGCGCGCUUCUGCUGCUCCUGGGGCUCUGCAGGGCGCGCCCCCGGAACGCGCUGCUGAUCCUCGCGGAUGAUGGAGGCUUUGAGAGUGGCGUGUAUAACAACAGUGCCAUUGCCACGCCUCACCUGGAUGCCCUGGCGCGCCGCAGCUUGGUCUUCCGCAAUGCCUUUACCUCCGUCAGCAGCUGCUCCCCCAGCCGUGCCAGCCUGCUCACGGGCCUGCCCCAGCACCAGAAUGGCAUGUACGGGCUGCAUCAGGACGUGCACCACUUCAACUCCUUCGACAAGGUGCGGAGCCUGCCGCUGCUGCUCAGCCAGGCCGGGGUGCGCACAGGUGAGGGAUCAUCGGGAAGAAGCAUGUGGGGCCGGAAGCUGUGUACCCGUUCAACUUUGCCUACACGGAGGAGAAUGGCUCUGUGCUCCAGGUGGGGAGGAACAUCACAAGAAUCAAGCUGCUUGUUCGGAAAUUCCUGCAGACUCAGGACAGCAGAACCCCCCACCAUGUCCAGGCCCUUCUUCCUCUACGUGGCCUUUCAUGACCCGCACCGCUGUGGACACUCCCAGCCCCAGUAUGGAGCCUUCUGUGAGAAGUUUGGGAACGGGGAGAGCGGCAUGGGACGUAUCCCGGAUUGGACCCCCCAGACCUACAACCCUCAGGAUGUGGUGGUGCCUUACUUUGUCCCUGACACUCCGGCAGCCCGAGCUGACCUGGCUGCUCAGUACACCACCAUCGGUCGGAUGGACCAAGGGAUUGGACUUGUGCUGCAGGAGCUUCGGGGAGCUGGCGUCUUGAAUGAUACACUGGUGAUCUUCACAUCGGACAAUGGAAUCCCCUUCCCUAGCGGCAGGACCAACCUGUACUGGCCAGGGACUGCCGAGCCCUUGCUGGUGUCAUCCCCGAAACACCCGAAGCGCUGGGGCCAGGUCAGCGAGGCCUACGUGAGCCUCCUUGAUCUCACGCCCACCAUCUUGGAUUGGUUCUCCAUCCCCUACCCCACAUAUGCCAUCUUUGGCUCAAAGACCGUUCAGCUUACAGGCCGGUCACUCCUGCCUGCGCUGGAGACAGAGCCCCCGUGGGCUACUGUGUUUGGCAGCCAGAGCCAUCAUGAAGUCACUAUGUCUUACCCCAUGCGCUCCGUGUACCACCGGAACUUCCGCCUUGUGCACAACCUCAGCUUCCGGAUGCCGUUUCCUGUGGACCAGGACUUCUACAUCUCACCUACCUUUCAGGACCUGUUGAACCGCACUGUAGCGGGCCAGCCUACUGGCUGGUACAAAGACCUACACCACUACUACUAUCGGGAGCGCUGGGAGCUCUACGAUGACCAUCUUGACCCUUGGGAGACCCAGAACUUGGCCGCUGACCCCCACUUUGCAGAGGUGCUGGCAAUGCUGAAGACCCGCCUGGCCAAGUGGCAGUGGGAGACCCACGAUCCCUGGGUGUGUGCCCCCGAUGGUGUCCUGGAAGAAAAGCUUUCUCCACAGUGCCGGCCACUCCACAAUGAACUGUGACUCUGUCAUGCCUCCCUGGGGCAGCUACCUGGCCCUUCCGUUCCUCCACACUCCUUUCGGAGGUGGCUCCUUGAUAUACAGGAGUCCUGCUUCUCCUGGUGGGGAAACACACAUAUGGACAUCCAGCCCUUCACCAGGUACUGCCCCAAGGAAACACUGCUGGCCCCACUUCUGAGCUGUGUCCUGUGAUGGAAAGCCGGGGGUGGGGAUCUCCCAGCCUGUUUUCAGAGCGGGGAUCUGCAGAUGGAGGGCAGGAAUGGGAGUUCGAGACACUCUUAGUCUUUGGAACUAACUGAUGUUUGUGAGUCCUUCACUCUGAGGAGACUGGGCCUUCCUGUGCCACAUGGGCCUUUAGCCACUGGGUCUGCUGCAGGUCUCACACCACCUGAGGCUCACCUGUCCUGCUUCUCCUCCUGAUAUAGGUACCUGCUCAGCAGGAUUCUCACCGAUUCUUGAAAGUGACAAGUUUACUCCUGUGUUCUUUCCACUCAACACACAUCCUUUCUGAGAGUGACUGAGGAUGAAGGUGAGACAGUGUGCCUCCAGUGGCUUGGGUUCCUUGUGUGACACCCGCAUCUGGCUCCAUACCCACCCUGCUGCCAUUGCUGAGGGAGCAGAAGCUGGGCCUGGAGAAACCUAGAAAGUGGGCUGUCUUCUUCUUUGGGGGGACUUCAGCCCUUUUCCUCCCCUACCAGCUCCAUAUUGGGGAUGGGAAGGAAGCCACAGGACCCAGCACUGUAAACAUCUUUUUAUUUUAAUAAAACGUGAGUUUAUUUACGGAA